UUUAAAUUUUAAUUGUACAUACUCUGCAUUCCUGUCACACACUCUUGUGGAAUAAUAAUUCAAUGGAUACUAAUCAGGAAACUCCACUUCUUACAUCCAAAAAUGUAACAACAAAUGCUCACUUCACUGGAGAUGCAGAUGAUAUCAAUCCGAUUAAAGGUAUAAAUGAUUUCUUCGUACAAUUUGGUGUGGAGUCAAAAAAGCUUUGGUACCUUGCUGGUCCUGCUAUCUUCACCUCUGUUUGUCAAUACUCACUUGGCGCCAUCACUCAAACGUUCGCGGGUCAUGUUGGAACUCUUGAUCUUGCAGCUGUCUCGGUGGAGAACUCGGUUAUUGCAGGAUUCUCUUUAGGCAUCCUGCUUGGAAUGGGAAGUGCAUUGGAGACAUUAUGUGGGCAAGCAUAUGGAGCAGGUCAAAUUGACAUGUUGGGAAUAUAUAUGCAAAGAUCAUGGGUAAUACUAUUUGUCACAGCUCUAAUUAUGUUACCUCUUUACCUUUUCGCGACUCCAUUACUUCUCUUAAUUGGCCAAACCGAAGACAUAUCACACGCAGCAGGAAAAAUGGCUCUAUGGAUGAUUCCACAACUAUUUGCAUAUGCUGCAAACUAUCCGAUUGCCAAAUUUCUACAAGCACAAAGUAAGAUAAUGGUGAUGGCUUAUAUUUCUAUGGUGGCGUUAGUCCUGCAUACGUAUUUUAGUUGGUUGUUUAUGCUUAAAUUCGAAUGGGGGUUAGCCGGUGGAGCUUUGGUGCUUGACCUCUCUUGGUGGUUCAUGGUUAUCGCGCAAAUGAUCUAUAUAUAUAGCGGAACUUGUGGCCGAGCUUGGUCAGGAUUUAGCUUGGCCGCGUUUAGUAAUCUUUGGGGGUUCGUUAAACUUUCAUUUGCAUCGGCUAUCAUGUUAUGUUUGGAAGUAUGGUACUUUAUGGCGUUGGUCCUAUUUGCUGGAUAUUUAAAGAAUGCAGAAAUUGCCGUCGAUGCACUCUCAAUAUGCACAAACAUUCUUGGAUGGGCAAUUAUGGCAUCAAUUGGAUUCAAUGCAGCUGUAAGUGUUCGGGUAUCAAAUGAAUUAGGAGCAGCCCAUCCAAGAACUGCCAAGUUUUCUGUAGUAGUGGUUGUGAUUUCAGCGUUUCUUGUUGGCGUUCUGUUUGCCAUCCUCCUAGGCAUUUUCCGGCAUCAGUAUCCAGCUUUAUUUGCUGAUAGUUUAGAAGUUCAGAAAGCCGUUUAUUCUCUUACGCCGUUAUUAGCAGCUUGUCUCAUCAUUAACAAUGUUCAACCCGCACUCUCUGGGGUGGCAAUUGGGGCAGGAUGGCAAGCUGUAAUUGCUUAUAUCAAUAUCGCAUGCUAUUACAUUUUUGGUAUUCCUUUGGGACUAUGUCUUGGAUUUGCGGCCAACUGGGGUGUAAAAGGCAUAUGGAUAGGGAUGUUGACUGGAACCGUGGUACAAACCACCAUCUUGAUUUGGAUUUGCUACAGAACCAACUGGGAUAAAGAGGCGUCUAUGGCUGAAAUAAGAAUUAGAAAAUGGUCAGGUCAAAAAGAGGUGGCUGGAGAGCAAUAAGAUGGCUCAAUGAAGCUAACCCACAUAUGUAUUUUUGAUGUUAAUGGUUGAUUUGUUUUUGGUUGGACCUAUUAUUCUAUUUGCGCUUGAAAAUAUCAAUUUGGAAUACUCUGCGACCCUUAAUUGAUUUGAUGUUCAAAGUUUGUCAA